GUAAUUAUUCUUUGCUGCUCACUCACUCACUCUUCUCCUGUGAAUGACACCGACAACAAUCUAAACCAAACAAGACAUGGUCACAUACAAUUCUCUCUCCGCUCUCUUGCUCUCUUGAAUGAAACGUUAACAGAGGAAGGAAAAUGGACCUCUUAACCACCUUCUACUCUAUCUGCUUUCAGCUUUCAUCAUCCUCUUUGCAAGUUCCAAGAGUUAAAUCACUCUCCACACAAUUCUCUUUCUGAAAGAACAACGUUCGAGUGUGUGUAUGAGUGUCUACACGAUAGCAUCGGCAUGUUCUGUUGGUCCCACGUUCCCAACUCAACAAAACCCCCUUUUUCCAUUCCCACAUUCUUCUCACUCACCCCAUGUCCCUGUGAUCACCUCCCUCUUCUGCAUUCCAUGUAAGAGGAGGGACUUCGUAAGGUUAAGGAUCCAAAGCUUUCAACUUUCAACCUCUCUCUCAGUUGGAUCUUCUUGCUCCUGCUAUGGACCCAAGCACUCGUCUUGAUCAUGCCCUCUUUCAGCUCACUCCAACCAGAACCAGGUGUGACCUUUUUGUUGCUGGUGGAGGUGUGACUGAAAGACUGGCUUCUGGGCUGUUAGAACCUUUUCUUUCUCACCUGAAAAGUGCCAAGGAUCAGAUUUCCAAAGGUGGCUAUUCCAUCACUCUGCGUCCACCUGGUGGAUAUGCUCCCUGGUUCACCAAAGCCACCCUCCAAAGGUUUGUUAGAUUUAUAAGCACUCCAGAAGUUCUAGAGAGGUUUGUGACAAUAGAGAAGGAGAUUGUGCAGAUUGAAGAAGGGUCGAUUCAGUCAAGUGAGAGGAGCAAUUUGGUCGCGGAAGCAGAAGAUGGACGUGUCAGAAAGUCAACAACUUCCUCUAAGCUGAAAGAUGAGCAACCUGGAAACAAUGAAGAUGGAUAUGAAGAAAACUCCAGAAUUCGCCUUCAACGUGUUCUAGAUAAUCGUAAAGCUAUGCUUUGCAAAGAACAAGCAAUGGCCUAUGCCCGUGCUCUAGUUGCAGGAUUUUACCCAGAAUCUGUGGAUGAUCUUAUAUGUUUUGCUGAUGCAUUUGGAGCUUCACGUUUAAGGGAAGCAUGCAUAAAUUUCUUAGAGCUGUGCAAACAAAAGAAUGAAGACAAGCUGUGGAUAGAUGAGAUAGCAGCCAUGCAGGCAUCUGCUCAGCGUGAAUUGCCAUACUUAAGGACAUCUGGGAUCAUACUUGCUGGUGAAGAUGAUACAAGCAGUAAAUUAAAUGGCAUAACUGAUGCCCUAAUUUCUGAGUCAACGCCAAGUCAUGCAAGUUUCGAAGGCCAAGAUUAUAGCUUUCCAACAUCAAGUCAAAAUCCAUCAACAGAUGGAAGAGGUCAAAUACCAAUGUCCUGGCCAAACCAUGUACAUCAGUACAUGCACAACUUUCAGGGUCAUGCAUUUCAACAAAUGCCCCCAUACCAAGGGUUCCUCUAUCCUGGUAUGCAGGUUCCUCCAUCAUAUUAUCCAGGUAAUAUGCAUUGGCCUCCAAGUGUGGAAGACUCUCAUAUUGUUCAUGACCGAGACAAGGAUUACCAUAAAUCACCAUAUAAGAAAAAGAAGAAGAAGAAGCAUUCUCAAGUACUGGAGCAGUCUGAAGAAGAAAGCUCAACAGCUUCCUCUGACUCCAGUUAUGAGAGUGAUUCAAGCCAAGGUAAAAAGCAAUCUUCAAAAGAACAUCAGCACAGAAAGAAGCAUGGAAAGAAGUCCUCAAGGAAAGUAGUCAUACGCAAUAUAAACUAUAUAACCUCUAAUGGAGAUGGUGAGAAGGGUGGUGUCACAGAGGGGAGUUUGUCCAAUGAGGAGGAAUUUAUCAAUGGAGAUUCCCUGAAACAGCAGGUAGAGGAAGCUGUAAAGUCAAGCUCACGUCACCAUAAGAAACACCAUAGUUCAAAACAUCCUGGCAUGCUAAAUGGUUCAACAGAUACUGAUUCUAAUGCAAUGAAGAGCAACAACAACUGGGACGCUUUCCAGAAUCUUCUUCUAAGAGAUGAUGAUUCAGCUCUUGAUGCAGAAGAAGAACAACCUAUGAAGUUUCAGGAGGAAUAUACUGUCAAUCAGAAUUUUGAGAAUGAAAGGUCAAAUGAAUUUAAUCAUAAACCUGACGUUACUCGAGUGAUUUCUAAUGAUUCCUUUGUUGUGACAGAGAGGGAAUUCAACAGUUAUAGUCAAAACCGUGUUGAUAACUUUAAGGAAGGAAAGGAUGCGCUUUCGUUGAUGAAGAAAAAUAAUAGCACAGAUGCAGAGAUGCUAUUUUCUCGGAGAAAUGAUGAAUCGGGUAGCUAUUCCAUGUCCACUCUGUCUGGUAAUGGCCCAGAAUCUUCUCUCACUAAAUGCCAGAAAGAAGAGGAUUGGUUUAUUAUCAAUAAGUCUGGUAAACCAAGAAAUGAGAAUCAGAACCGAGAUUUCAGCAUUUUUAAUGGCGUUGCUACAUCACCAACUACUGAUUCACUUCUUUUAGAGAAAAACAAGAAAGACAUUAUGACUGAUGAUUCUUUUAUGAUUCAAGCUCGAUCAUCAGAAGAUAAAUUCAAUUCUCAGUCAGCAGCUGAUCUAAGUUUGGUUUCAGACAUUGUUGGGGCUACUGAAUUCAUGAACAUCACACAAGAAGGUUCACAAAAUAAGACUGAAACUUUAAAUUCCCAUGAGCCUGAAGACCUCUUCAUGGUUCUUGAUCGUGAUUCAGUUGCAGAGCGAAGUGUGUCUCCCUGGAGCAUGGAAAUGGAUUAUGAGAAUAACAUUGCUUCAAAUGCAGCUAAUAGAAAGCUUUCUGAAGUUGAAACAGAUCAAAAUCAUCCAUCUAAUAAUGAGGGUACUAAUACAAAAACUCCUGGAGUGAAAAAUGGAAAAGUUUCAAGUAAAGAAGCAAAGUCUAAGGCUAUCAAUGCAUCUCUUGGUAAAAGUAAAUCUGAUAUCACAUCAAGAAGCAAAUCAUCCCCAGGAACCAGAACUAGAGUUGUGAAGAGCAAAUCAGAGAAGGAGGAGGAAAAUAGAAAGAGAAAGGAGGAUCUGAUGAUUCAGAGGCAGAAAAGAAUUACUGAAAGAAGUACUUCUAAGAAGACUGGAACUGAAACCAAGACUUCCUUGACUUCUGCAAAGAAAGGGAAUCCUAAGAUACAUCCAUCCAAUGAGGAGACUAAGAAAUUGAGCAAACCAGUCCUCAGGAAUUCCACCAUUGAACGCCUUGCAGCUGCUCGAGUAAGUCAGCCAAAGGUUUCACUAAGUCAAGCAAAAUCUGGACCAACCAAGAAACCACCCUUGAAGGCAAAUGGUGUACCUCUGCAGAAGACUGCCAGCACAGAAAAGAAGAAGCAGGGCUCAAAAGAAGUCAAAUCUUCAAGUCAAAAACAAGAUACUAAGAACACAAAUUGGGAAGUUCUGACCUCCACUAAUGGCAAGGCUAAGAAUGAAAUGGAAGUCUCAGUUGAAUUACCAGUGAACUCUGGUGCUGCACAAUCUGUUGAACCAAACAACAACAAUCUUGAUUUGAAAGAUAAUGAAGAGCCAAUCAAGACAUCAUCAGAGAAACAAACAACACAUUUGAUUUCAGAAGAAGAUCAUGUGCCUGGAAAUGUUGGUCAGAUUAAGGUGAACUCAGCUUUGCCAAAUCACGAUCGCACAUUGCAAGGAACUGAAGAAGUGUCGAACAAGUUAUCUCAACUUCUUAGUGAUAACAACCCUCAACAUAUUACUGAUGCGAUCACAAAUCCUGCAGCUGCAUUACCCAGCAAACCCGUUACAGUUUCUGCUGUGAACUCAAAGAUUAAUCAAGAAAUAGAUGAAAGUAAUGCUCCCUUGCCUAAUGUCACCGAGAAACAAAUUUCUACACCUCCACCACCCAGUAGUAACCAACUGAUGCCAGAACCAGUCCACUCCAGAAAAAAAUGGAACACUGAUGAGGAUUCUUCAAAACCAGCAAAAGGAUUUCGUAAGCUUCUGUUCUUUGGAAGAAAGAGCUGAAGCAUCCUGGUGCAUUGGUACAGUGCAAAUUGGUUCAUGAUAAUUCUCUGAAAUGUUCAGACGGUUAUCACUUCUUUAUUCCAUGCUUUUGGUUAUUCAAUAUUUGAAGAAGAGUUCAGUUUGUCCAUUCUUUUGCUCAACAGAAAGCGUUUGGCACAUUGAAUUAUUUGUUGUUUUGAACACGUCUAUGAAAUGUGGAAGAUUGUAGAUA